ACGUCACGUGUGAAAAGAGGAGGAAGACAGAAAAGCCCGAGAAAUGGCGACUCCAUGAUCUGUCGUCUGGGGUGACUCGAACUGGACACCUGAAGUGGCUGGUCCAUCACUCGCAUUUCAAUGAUCGCGAUUUGGAAAUUUCUUGUUUGAAAUCCAAGGAUUAUCUAAACUUGGACAAUGGCUGCAAAUAUGUACCGAGUUGGGGAUUAUGUCUUUUUUGAGACAUCAUCAACAACUCCAUAUCAAAUAAGAAGGAUAGAAGAAUUAAAUAAGACUCCAAAUGGCAAUGUCGAAGCGAAAGUUGUCUGUUUCUACCGACGCCGGGACAUUUCCAGUUCUCUUACACUUCUCGCCGACAAACAUCAAACUGAUAGUGAUGUAUUGGAUGACACAGAACUUGAAUCCAAACUGGAUGAAGUGGGUGACAAACAGAAACAUCAGCUGAAACAUAGGGAACUUUUCUUAUCACGUCAGGUGGAAACACUUCCUGCAACUCAUAUACGAGGAAAAUGUACUGUCACACUUCUGAAUGAAACAGAAUCUCUGCUUUCCUAUCUAAAUAAAGAAGACACAUUUUUCUACUCUUUGGUAUACGAUCCACAACAGAAAACUUUACUUGCUGACAAAGGUGAAAUUCGAGUCGGCUCCCGGUACCAGGCUGAAGUCCCAGAUAAGACUCUGGAAGGUGAAGAUUCAGACUGUAGAAUAAUGGAAGACCUAGAAGAACUAAUUUGGAACCCAGAAACUGGACUGGGAGACAGACAAAUUGACCAGUUUUUAAUUAUAUCUAGAUCUGUAGGAACUUUUGCAAGAGCUUUGGAUUGUACUAGUACCGUUAGACAGCCAAGUCUUCAUAUGAGUGCAGCUGCAGCUUCAAGAGACAUAACUCUUUUCCAUGCCAUGGAUACCCUGCACAAAUCAGCAUAUGAACUAUCCAAGGCCUAUGCUAGUCUUGUUCCCACUGGAGGACCGGUGCUGUGUCGAGAUGAGAUGGAAGAGUGGUCAGCAUCAGAGGCCAAUCUCUUUGAAGAGGCUUUAGAUAAAUAUGGGAAAGACUUCAAUGAUAUUCGACAAGACUUUCUUCCGUGGAAAUCAUUGAAAAGCAUUGUGGAAUACUACUACAUGUGGAAGACAACAGAUCGCUAUGUUCAACAGAAAAGGAUUAAAGCAGCUGAAGCAGAGAGCAAGCUGAAACAAGUGUACAUUCCCAACUAUAACAAGCCCAAUCCAGCAGCUAUUAAUGGGAAGAUGAAUGGAGUGGAUGGCCAAGUAUCAGGAAGAGCUUGUGAAAGCUGUUAUGCUGCCCAUUCCUCUCAGUGGUACUCCUGGGGACCAGCACAUAUGCAGUGUAGACUGUGUUCAUCUUGUUGGAUCUACUGGAAAAAAUAUGGAGGUCUAAAAAUGCCAACUAGAUUGGAUGGGGAACGACCAACGCCUAACCAGCGACAGGAGAGAAUAGCAGCCCAGAUUAACUCUAUGAGAAUGCACAGGUGCACCAUAGCUGGCUGUGGAAAGGAAUUCCGUCUGAAAGCACACCUAGCUAGGCAUCUUGCCACUGCUCAUGGCUUAGUGGUGCGCUCAGGAAGUCCAAGGCCUGUAAUGAAAACCAGAGCAGCAUUCUGUCUGAUCACGACUCCACUUACUCGGAUCUCACGGCGAUUGUGUAAAGACAUUCUGAACCCAAGGAGAGCUGCUCGUUCACCGUUUAUACCAGUAAACAUAGCAGCCAUUAAACAGGAAUGCCAACUACGACUUACUGAAGGUGAUGAAUAUGUGCCAAACAUCAAGCCCCGGAGUCCAGCUACCCUAGAUCCAGUUGUGGCUCGACUUGGAAUCAACACCAAAAUGGAGAAGCCCACCAUUCUACUCAAGUCAGAGAAUGAUCACAAAAAACCAGAGAAAAUCUUCUUUCCUCCAUCUGCCUCACAGCCUCAAUUCAGAGCACAUAAUGCAAGUCCUUCCAAGCUUACCACUGGGUCUCCCUCCAUCAUGAAGAAGAGAGGCUAUGAACAAGCAAACGGUGUUGAUGGUCCAGUAUCCAAGCGUCCAAACAUGGGUGUUAUACGACAGAUUGGAUCUACCAUGAGGUCUCAAGUUGUUAGAGGUAAUUUAAUGAAUCACAACAUGAAUGGGCGUGGCAAAGCGAUGGGGGUCCGGGGAAUGAGAAUGCAAAUGAUCAACUGGUUGGAUGCCCCAGAUGACGUGUAUUUUGUGGCAACCGAUGCCACCAGGAAGCUCAGGAAACAGCUGCAACCCCAGGAUUUCAAGAGAACGGCCAGAAAUCCAUGGCGGAGUGUGCUAAUUAAACCACCGAUGAUUGGCGGAGGAGAUUCCGAGGUCGUAGUGCUUGAUUGACAAAGCCGUGUAUGAAAAUGGACGAAAUAUUCUUUCUAGGAAGUAUCCAGGCAAUUUAACAUCUUGCAGGAAGAAGGAAAUCCAUUAUGAUGCUGUCGGUUUUAGGCUGAUGCGCUUUAGAUCGCUCUACAGUAUAGCAAAAUGUGACUGCAGUCCAUGAAAUAUUAAAGCAAUACCAUGUUAACUUCCCUCAAGUGUUAAAGGAGAUGUCAGUAUUACGAAGACUGCGAAAUUUGUGAUCUUGGCACUUUAUAAAGUCUCUGGGUAGGAGAUUUUCCUUUGUACAGAUGAUGUAAAUUAUUAGAAAAAAUGUAAAUAAAAAAUGGGAAGUUGGCAGAUGUUCCCAUUGUUUGGUCUGGAUGAAUGAGUGAACUUUUUUACCUGAUUUUCUAAUUCUUUUUGUACUUAUAUUUUUUUCUUUUGAAAAUUGCCUGCCCCUGAGUCAUUUGUGUCCUCUGAUCAGGGAAGUUGAAUGUGGAGACUAGAAUAAUUUAUUUUGUGUUGAUGUGACAAUAUUAUUGUGUUCAUCAUUCAAUGAUGGUUUUUCUUUUUGUACAGAACUGAAGUAAAAUGCUUUCAUGUCAAACAUUUCUCAGUCCUUCCUCACAAUAACUUCACAUCAGACUGGAAGACAAAUUUGCCAUCUGUAUCAUUUAAUUUAUUUAUUAUUGGAUUGUAAUCAUUUAAUGUUUGGUACUCAUAUCCAUCAAAACUGUUUUCAUUAAAGUAACGACAUCAUUUUUUCCUGCAUUUGCAUGAAAAUACAUGUGUAAUUUUCAUACAUAUGUAAUUUUCCAGAAAUAAAAACAAAGCAACAUG